AGAGGUCCGCCAUGGGUGCCCAGUAUGUUUGUAAACUGGGUUUUUGUAUAAUUUUGUCAAAAUAUUAACAUCUCUAGUGGAUAUUAUUUGUUUUUAAGAAUAAUCGAACAUAGUAUAAGAUGUACUUGCCGUAAUAUCAGAAGUUGUUAAUUUUAAGAGAACCUUGUACUGGGAAAGGUAAUCAAAUUAUGGGGUUGUAUAUAUGUUGAUACAAUUUGACUGGAUCCAAGGAUGCAAAGCCUGGAGGCAGCAUGUGAGGAGGGUGAACAUUCGGUUAAAAGGUUUAAGUCAAAUCACCCCGCUUCACCUCUGCUACGCCCCCAGGAACCUUCGACAUCUGCAUCGACUUCGACAUCUCAAGAAAUUACAGAAAAUCCUUGUGGGAAACCUCCCAUCGAUAUUUUCGCAAAACUUUUAGAACUAUAUGAAGAAGAAAAUGGCGGAAGUAGCAGCGGAGAUGGAGAAGAAAGCGAAGAAGAGGAGGAGGAAAAAGAAUAUGACGAGAGAUAUGCCAAACCAAUAGAUAAAUUGAUAAAAUAUAAACCUCUGCUCUUAGAGAAACUUGUAGCUAAAGAAAGACUGAACACAUUGAUUUUAAAUCUUUAUCCUGGUAACAAAGGUUAUUCAUUGGCAUUCAGGUCAUUAUCUCGUACCGAUCCUAGUUAUACUGAAGAUACUGCCAAUAUGAUAGAAACCAAACUGUGGCCUUAUGAAGAGGACGAUCUUCUUCGAUACAUAGAUAACGAAGAACUUCCACCUUUUAUUGUAGACAUUUUAGAACAGCAGUUUAGUUACCUUUUUUACAGUGGGUGCAUCAUAGCUGAAGUUAGAGACUAUAGAUUGGCUUAUCCACAUUUUAAAUGUGAUAUUCAUCAUGUUCUGCUUAGGCCUACGUCAAUGAGUAUUGUGGCUGAUAUAAAUAACAUAAUGGAAGAGAGAUCAGACUGGAGUAAUGAAGAAAAAGACCAACUGGAGAGCCAAAUACUAAUGGCAAACACACCAAGCUUAUGUUUAGAGCCCGAUAGUUCUAUAGGCGAUGAAAUGACGUCAAUAUACAAUAAACGUAGAAUAUGGGAUCCUCACAAAUUCAGACGAUUAUCUAAAAAAUUCUCCCAAGUAACAGUGAACCGUAAAAGGAAAUUGGAUCAGUUUACUCAUAGGCCUGGUUUAGAAUUUUAUGAAUUUCUCACUAGAUCCAGAAAUAAACCAAAGAUCGGUUCCUCGUCUAUGCCAACUAUUACUUCUAAACCUUUAAGGAAAAGCAUAGAUGAAAUCAAACCAAUACCAGUACCGAAUUUAGAACCCCCACCUCUCGCCCCUCCACAAGAAGUCGUUAUUAACGAAUUUAAACCUUAUCAGCGACCAAAAGAGACUAGCGACUGCUUGCCACAACUUAUAGAAGAAUAUAUUUUAGAAACAGACAUGCCUUCAAAGGAUAAAGGCAAUCCAAGGGUGUACCAUAUCAAGUUAUCAAUUUUGCAAAGACCUUCCGAUUCAGAGUACUUAGGAGAACUUUACCUCGAUAGGGAUCACAAGAAAAACGAGCAAAAUGGCGUAGCUUGUAGGUUUUCUUUAGGAUCUCGUGCCAACGCUAAUCGAUAUAUUUACCAAUUUACUGAUAUUUUCACGGAAAGCGGGAGAAAGUCUGUUAGAAUCAGCUAUAGGUCGAGUCCAGGGUACAAGGAAAGAGUAGCGCAGGCUCAGGCUCAAGCCCAAGCUCAGUUACGAGCUCAAAGUGCCAAUCAACCUAAUUUGCCUCAGCAGCAUUUGCAACAGUUGACUCAGAGUUUGCACAAUCAGUCGUCUACUCCUGUAAUAAAUGGAGCUGUUGUCAACACCGUGGGUCUGCAAAAUCCAAUUCAAAGUACUUCAAAUGUUCCAAUUUUGCGAAGUCAUUUGCAAGGGCCAACAAAACCGUCUACUCAAGAACAGGCUAUAAGUGCUUUGGCUACCAAACUAAUGAACUCUGCACAGGAAUUCCAAGCAGAAAGUGCCAAAAAAGAACAACAGCAGCAACAACAGCAGCAGCAACAGCAACAACAACAGCGCCAACAGCAACAACAGAAGUUAUCGAGUAGUAAUACGAUUAGCCCUCCUCAAAUGUCACCUCAGCAAAUACAAACGUUAAACCAAAAAAUAUUAGCGCGCAAGAUGACUCUUCCGAGUGUAGCAAACGCGCGCGUUCUUAGUCACAAUAACCUAAUAGCUCUCAAUAAUAAUCGAAUGAACUUACAGGAAUUGCAACUGGGGCAGCAGCAGCCGCAGACUAUAACUCUAACUUCAGUUAAUAGUAGCAACUAUCCUGGUUUUACUACAGUUCCUGUGAAACAACAAGUGGUUAAUCAAAGAAUCAUAGGUAGUAGUACUAGCGAUAGUAACAAGUCUGCGUUAUCCGCGUUGUUAGUGGGUACACCGGCAGCCGAUAGGCCAGAUAUUGUAGGACCUAAUACAAAUUCGUUAUUGUUAGAAAAAUUAGGGGAUUCGCCAAAUAGUUCGCAACAGACUCAUUUUAUACAAAGUCCCAAGAGCAAUCAACAGUUCAUGGUACAAUCUCCGAAAGGAAACACAAUGUCGAGUCCUCCGCCUCAAACAGGUGGGACAAUUAACGUGCAGGGUUUAAACAUUGCCCAAUUACAAAGUAUACCGGGUAUACAAGUACAAUUGCAGGGCUUCGCUCAGCCUAUAUCGCUUUCGCUUAAUGUUUCUUCAACGGGAAAUAUUCAAGGACAUCCCACGAGUUUAAUAGUUUCCUUACCUGUUACUACUGCCACGCAAACUUCUAAUACGGUAACUCAGGCAGCCGGUAGUAGUAAUGUAAGUGGCGUGAACAAUUUAGGAGUGGCUCCUCAGACUGUGGUGUUAGCAAACGCUGGUACAUCUAAUUUAGCUCAAUUGAUGACUUCCGGAGUAAAAGGAGUAACUCAACAAGGAAUCAGAACAACAUCGAGUCCACAGACGUUGUCUUUAACUCAAGGUGGACAGCCGUUUCAACUGAUAACUCCUUUACAGAGGCCAAGAACUCAGCCGACAACUGCCCAGCAGCAAACAUUGACUUCCAGAACACUGCAAAGAACACCCAUUACCAUAAAAAUGGCCACACCAAGCACAAGUCAGUUGACUGAUUUGCAACUAAAUUUUGAUAAUUCAUAGUCAUUUGGUCAAUAAAUGCUUUAGUAUCAGUAU